AUGAGGUAAAACUCGGGUGGUGUUCUACGUGGCUCGGUCCCUAGUUGCUUCGUGGCCUUCCGUAACGAACAAUAAGGGUUGGCCCGAAGGGCUUUGGUCAAUGUGGAACAUUGUUCCGAAGACAUUCUCCGGACGCUCGGACCCUCAAUUGAGCCACGGUGAGGCAUUGUUGGUUGGACUAAGAUCACGCCUUUGACCUCCCAGUGAUCCUGUGCCAUGCGUCCCAUCGUGGCUCUGAGUCUUCAUUGUUCUUAAGCUGGGGCUUGGGGGGGCGGCAUUCGAGAAAGCUAGCACAUGGAACCUUCGACAUGUCUCCUGUCAGAGUUGCGUCCAUCAUGUGAGCCGAAGAUGCGGGUACAAUUAAUACCCCUUGCAUUCUGCAUCAGACGCCCCUUGAGCGGAAUUCCAGUCCCGUUGACGAUUAAGGACGGGGGAGGUCAGGAAGCAAACGCUAAACUUGUAAGCCUCCGACAAGACCAUCUAAUGAAGCUGCUGAAACGACUCACAGUGUUGGGAGAUCAUUCACCUCAGUUGCGAUCCAAGAAUGCAUGCAAAGAAAAUCCAGAAGCCGUAGAGAAAGGUCGAGCCCACGCAAGCAGAAGUCCACUACACAUCUUGCGAAGAGAACUUACACAGAUGCUGUAGGGGAUAUUAUACACCGCCGGACAUAUCGAGAACCGCACGCAAAUCUCGAG